AUGGCUAUAAAUAAUUCAGAUAUAUGCAACGAAGAGUACAAAUUUGACUUCAAAACGCUCCCAGGCACAUCUCCCGAGGUUCGGCGCUCAGCUGUCCUCACCGCGGUUCCGCCCCCACCUACGGGUCGGAGGGUCCUUCCUACCGGCGGUAAGUUUCACUCCUUUCUUCUCAAACGUCUCAGAUUCUCCGCUCUUGCCUCACACGUUCCGGCACAUUUCAAGCGAGCUAAAAACCGGAGACAACUUCUUCUACGCAUCUCAAAAUCUGCUUUGUCAACGACACCUAUCGCCGCCUACAUCGUUCUUCGAAGCAACAUGGCAAGACGUUUCUCCUACGCGGAGAAAGGGAAGGCUCUCGACCUCGCUAUGGCACCACCACAACGAAAACGCAUCAGAGCUCCGGAGAUGGAUAAAACGGAUCUGGUCCAUCAAAACUCUCUCACACUUAUCGGACGCCUCACCAACCCCCAAGAACAAAAAAUGUGGACGAUGAUCCCUUACAUCUCUAGCCGGUGGGAGCUCCGAGGAAGAGCGGUCGGAUCCGACCUGAGAAACCACUGUUUCCAGUUCAGAUUCGACUAUGCAGACGAUCUGCAGAAAGUCCUCAACAACAGACCCUAUCAGUACGCAAAAUGGAUGCUCAUCCUCCAAAAGUGGGAGCCAAUCAUUUCUCCCACCUUCCCGUCCCAAAUACCCUUCUGGAUCCAACUCAAAGGCAUCCCUCUACAUUACUGGAAGAAAGAGCUAUUAUGUGACAUAGGCAAAGAGAUAGGAGACUACAAGGAACAAAUACUCACUAACCUCACGGCGAAAAUCAAAGUCGAAGUCAAUGGUCUACAACCUCUGGUAAAAGAUGCUAUAAUCGAAUUUGAAGGAGGUCAAGAAGCCCUAGUCGUGUUUGAGUAUGAAAAUCUAGGCAAACACUGCUCCUACUGCUACAGUCUAAGCCACGAAGUGGAACAGUGCCAAGAGAAACCGCUACAAGGCCCCCAAAAAGAAAGCUCUACUAGAUCUACUGAGAGAGAUAGACCCUUUACCUCUAAACCAGGGCAGGCGACGGAACAGCGCCCUUUCAACCUCCGUCGAGAUCGACACGGAAGACCGUUUGGGGAUAGACCGUCUUCAAACAGGAGUGAAAAAGAACGACCCACCGAGCACGACCGCUCCAGGAACCACACCGCUCAACCGCUACAAACAAGACAACGGCAAACACCAACUACUUCGCCAACCUACACCAGAAACCAUCUGGACCCCACUUCUCAGCACCACCAUCAAGACCAAAUCGCGAACAGAGUAAACCAAGCCGGGGACCACCUAGAAGGGGCACGGAGACUAAAUCAUCUGAACACACCGACUCGCCAGGUCUGGAGAGAAAAACCACCAAGUCUAGUGGACCACGAGGACGCCUCCACUUCUCUACUACCUAUUCAGAUAACCGGUCGAAACCUGGAUCUAGAAGCCUUCACACCACCCCACCGUAUACGCUCAGAAUCCGAAAUCAUGUCGUCUCUCCAAGAAGUCACAGUGCAGUAUGCUAAUGUCGAGGAUCCAUUAGAAAGAGCAGCUCGAAUGCAGCGAAUCCUAGAAGGUGAAACUAGAGGCCUUAUGGCAGAUACGGCGAGAUCCAUGUACACAGCUCAACUAUCCCAACAAACAGCUCCCGUUUUGAACCAGAGAGAACAAGACCUGAUCUGCUCACGAGAAGGGGAAGAUGAAUUAGCAGUCGUUCAGCGACCUAUACAAACACAAGAGCAACCACGGAGGCCACGGGGCCGACCACCUACAAAGAAACCAACCCAGACCGCUCAUCCCUCAGAGGCGGGGCCAAGUAAAAGGAAAGUGAAACAAGGCAGAAUCUCACCGUUCUUACGAAUUUCACCACUGUCGAGGACCAUACAGAACCGUGCCUCUCCAGUAACCCACAACCAUGGCACUCGACGAAGCAGAGUAACCCUCCAAAGAGGAUCAACAGGACCGACACCACCGCGAUCCCUACCGCCACCAUCUACCACCAUCGUCCCGGCAAUCAGAAAAGCAGUGAGGAAAGAUAAAGCGGAUUUUCACAAUCUGCGAGAUCCUCUUCCUUAA